GCGGGCCAACGAAGGUGGCCAGAGCGAUGAGCUCCCGGAAAGUGCUGGCCCUGCAGGCCCGGAGGCGGCGAGCCAAGCACCCUGCGGCGGCCGGCAGGAAAGAUAAGCACCCGCCGCACCACAAAAAGCCAGAGCCUCAACAAAAAGUUCCCUCUGCACCGCCGCCACCACCGCCGCCACCUCCUCCACCUUUGCCAGAGCCAGCACCGCCAGAGCCAGAGGAGGAGAUUCUGGGAUCUGAUGAUGAAGAGCAAGAAGAUCCUGCAGAUUAUUGCAAAGGUGGCUAUCAUCCAGUGAAAAUUGGAGAUCUUUUCAAUGGUCGGUAUCAUGUUAUCAGGAAAUUAGGAUGGGGACACUUCUCUACAGUCUGGCUAUGCUGGGAUAUGCAGGGGAAAAGGUUUGUUGCAAUGAAAGUUGUGAAAAGUGCUCAACAUUAUACAGAGACAGCCUUGGAUGAAAUAAAGUUACUUAAAUGUGUUCGUGAAAGUGACCCUAAUGAUCCAAAUAAGGACAUGGUCGUACAGUUAAUUGAUGACUUCAAAAUUUCCGGCACGAAUGGCAUACAUGUCUGUAUGGUUUUUGAAGUACUUGGACAUCACCUUUUAAAAUGGAUAAUUAAGUCCAACUAUCAGGGCCUUCCUAUCCGUUGUGUAAAAAGCAUAAUCCGACAGGUAUUGCAGGGUUUAGAUUAUCUCCACAGCAAGUGCAAGAUCAUCCAUACAGACAUCAAACCCGAAAACAUCUUGAUGUGUGUGGAUGACACCUACGUACGCAGAAUGGCUGCAGAAGCUACGGAGUGGCAGAAAGCUGGUGCACCUCCUCCUUCUGGCUCAGCAGUGAGUACCGCCCCACAGCAAAAGCCUAUUGGAAAGAUAUCUAAAAACAAAAAGAAGAAACUGAAAAAAAAGCAAAAGCGGCAGGCUGAACUACUAGAAAAGCGUUUGCAGGAAAUAGAGGAACUGGAAAGAGAAGCUGAAAGGAAAAAAAUAGAAGAAAAUGAAACCCCUAUUUUACCAUCCAAUGAACAAGAGGAUGAAUACCAUCCGGAAGUCAAACUAAAAACGGUUGAUUUAGAGGAGGUAGCAGAUGAAGAACCCGGGAAUGAGGAUGGUGAAACAGAAGAUCAGGAUGAAAAGGAAGACACAGAAAAAGAAAACACAGAGAAAGACGAUGAUGUUGAACAGGAACUUCUCAACUCAGAGUCUACAGAUCCUACUUGGAUAGAAUCUCCUAAAACAAAUGGGCACAUUAUAAAUGGUCCUUUCUUACUGGAAGAACAGAUUGAAGAUGAUGAAGAGGAAGAGGAGGAAUGCCCAAAUGCUGAGCAAUAUAAUCUCGAUGAGCCAAAUGCAAAAAAUGAUUACAGUUAUAGUAGCUCUUAUGAACAAUUUAAUGGUGAAUUGCCAAAUGGACGUCAUAAAAUUUCUGAGUCACAGUUUUCUGAAUUCUCAGCUUCUGUAUUCUCUGGAGCUUUAGAUUCUGUAGCUUGUGGUUCAGCUGUUUCUGAAGAAUCAACUGUAACUGAAAGAGAGGGAAGUACUCCAUCCCAUGAUAGGAGCAGGACAGUUUCAGCAUCUAGUACUGGAGACUUGCCAAAAACAAAAACCCGUGCUGCCGACUUACUGGUGAAUCCACUGGAUCCGAGGAAUGCAGACAAAAUUAGAGUUAAAAUUGCUGACCUGGGAAAUGCUUGCUGGGUGCAUAAACAUUUUACAGAAGACAUCCAGACGCGGCAGUAUAGAUCGAUAGAGGUUUUAAUAGGAGCAGGUUACAGUACACCUGCUGAUAUCUGGAGUACAGCAUGCAUGGCAUUUGAGCUGGCAACUGGUGAUUACCUGUUUGAACCACAUUCUGGUGAAGACUAUUCCAGAGAUGAGGACCACAUAGCACACAUCAUAGAGCUACUAGGCAAUAUCCCAAGGCACUUUGCUCUAUCUGGAAAAUAUUCUCGGGAAUUCUUCAAUCGCAGAGAUCACAUAGCAUUGAUCAUUGAACUGCUGGGGAAAAUCCCUCGAAAAUACGCUAUGUUGGGGAAAUAUUCCAAGGAGUUUUUCACCAGAAAAGGUCCUUUUCACAUUCCUCCACACCACGGAGAUGCAGAUUUACCCAACGACUGCAGUUCUCCUGGUCAGGAGGUCUUGAGUGACAGUGGAGAACUUCGACACAUUACCAAACUGAAACCUUGGAGCCUCUUCGAUGUUCUUGUGGAGAAGUAUGGUUGGCCUCAGGAAGAUGCUGCGGAAUUUACCGAUUUCCUGAUUCCUAUGCUAGAAAUGGUUCCGGAAAAACGAGCCUCAGCUGGUGAAUGCCUUAGGCACCCUUGGUUGAAUUCUUAGCAAAAUCUCCAGAUAUAACACUGGGCCAGCACCCACGUUCCCAUACAUCAGACUUAAAUGGUGACUGUCAUAAAUUCUCCUAACAGGAUCAUAAAUGAGCUGGCUUCAACUCCAGACCUUUAUUUUGCUUUGAGGUACUGUUUGACAUUUUGCUUUUUGUGCACUGUGUUCUUGGGAGGAGGAGGAGUCUUUUUGUCUUCAGCUAGUAGAUUUACUGACUCUCUGCAGAAAACACUUACUAAUGUGUCUUUAAGCAUUGUUUCUUGUGUUGUGUGGCAUUCGGACAUCAACUUUUUGAACAAAACAUCCUUUAUUCUCCCCUGAUGUGUUUUGGCAGGUUUUGUAACUAUUUAUGGAAAAUAUUUUAGCUGAGUAUUAUAUAAUUUACAAGUGUGAGACAUUAUCAAGUCAGAAUUGAGAAAAUGUACAACUCUAUCUUUGGGCAAAGGGACAUUGUUCUUGUAAAAUAGUGUAUGUAAAUGCACCCUGUAAAUGUUUAUUUCCAUUAAAGGUGGGAUGGGGGACGCGGAUUUCAGAGUAAAGCUACUAAAUCAAGAGUGACUUGUAGUGUACAAAAUUGCAUGUGGCGGAGUUGCAUAAACUUUCCUUUCUGUAGCAGUGCCCAUAAUGGAUUUGGAAAGAAAGUGGCUGAUUUUACAAGAUUUCAUUCUACAGAAGGCACUUUAAAGGAAGGCUAAGCAUUCAAAGGAUAAAAUAUACCUAUUUUUAAGUGCUUUUAAAGAGAUAUCAUUUGCUUUACACUUGCGAGAUGAUGGUAUGGUAAUUGGGCGCUGCUUUUUCCUAAGGAUGGUUGAUAUGCUGGGCUUAAGAAUUUUAAAAAAGCCCAAGAAGCAUUUUUUGUUCAGAAUUUUUAGCCUUUGAUGAAAAAAGGUGCUCCACUUAAGGAAAGGAAGAACAGAAUUGAUGCAAAAUAUACAUUACAACUAAAGUUCAUGCACCUUCCAUACAUAGCUUUACAUGUUUCUAAAACAAAUUGCACUAGCUUAUUUUUCCCCAUGAAUUGACAUAUUGAGGAACUAAUCUUCCUUCGUAAGUUGCACACAAAAUUUUAAAUGUUUUCAUACAAAAAAAGAAAAAGAAAAAAAAGCUAAGUAGAUUCCAAAAGAGAACUCAUAGGCAAUACAGAUUUUAGAAUGUAAAAUAUGGAGGUGUAUUUUAGCCUCUUUUAGAAGUCAGUGGAAUGAAUGUAAAUUUAUUUCUGGUUUUACACAUUAAUUAUGGUGCCACUUUUUCUUGACUUUGUCCAUUUAAAAUUUAUUCACAUGCCUUUGCAAUACCUAGAUUGUGAGAUGAUUCCCCGUGUUGUAACAAUAACCAAUUGUUUGAGGUGCUUGCAGUUGUCUAAUUAAAGUGGUUGUUUUUUCAGAA